CAGAAUUUUGACAUCCGGCUCUAACCUCACUUUAUUACGUUUAAAAAUAAAUAUGAAAUAAAUAUUUUUAGGAAAACCUUCUUAAAAUAGUAUAAAAUCAUGUCAUUAACAACAAAUUUAGUUAAAACUUGUCUAAACACAAUUAAAAUUUGGACGCCAAACGUGAUACCCGUACGUUUCAGAUAUCAUUCCGAAAAAGUCGCACGGGGACGACUCGUAAGAAGGUAUGGAUACAAGGAAGACGUAGAUCGUAAAGGAUUACUGCCCAGAUUAGAAGAUGCGAAAAAGCUACCGAUGCCUAUUUACAGGCCUAAGGAUGCCUGGAGCGAAAAACGAGCACUGUUUGGUCAAAAUGAUUAUAUCGAUAUCUUAGGUAAUGAAAAACUACAUCCUACUAAAAUCCUCUACAAUAUGCCACCAUGGCUGAGAGGCGUUGGCGGUAACGAAAUGCAAGUGAUGAUUCGGAAAAGGAAAAUGUUGGGAAAAACAAUUUAUCCUACGGCUAGACCGACAAAAUGGUAUCAGCUCGAGAAACGCAUUCAGUAUCUCUAUAGGUUUAUGAAUAGGAAAACGAAAACAGGGUAUUCGAAAUAAUAAUGUACAUAAAAAUAGUUUUAGUUAAAGAAAUAAAAAUUAAUAUUAACUUAA